AAGGUUCUUGAUCCCGGAGAGCGAGUUCUACACCACCAGAAGAAUAAAAUCACUAUGGAUAGCGACGGCGACCUCAGCUCUAUCGACUCGGCCCCAGACGCCAGAGUUAUAACUACUGCUCUUCGUAAUGCCGUCCGGAAACAGUUUACUGAAGACCCUUCUAGAACAACAAUCAAAUAUAUUAGAGCCCGCGUUGAAAAUGAGCUCAGCCUAGGCGACGACUUCUUGAAGCGGGACUCAUUUUGGAAAGCAGAAUCCAAGUCGAUCAUUGAGGACGAGGCGGGUAAACAAAACGCUUUGGCAGAAGCCGCAGAGCCACCAAUUCCACAGAAAGAACCUACUCCAGAAAAGCAAUCUCCAGCCAAGGCCACAAAGAAACCUGCUAAGAAGGGAGCUUCGAGACUAAAAAAAUUGGAGGACGGGCUCGGCGACAGUACGAUUGAAUAUCCUAAGAAACCAGCAAAAAAGGAAAAAGGUGUAACUUCUGCUAAGAGCACCACCCGCAAAGCAAUAGCAAAACCUUCGAUACUUGAAGACGGAGAUGAAGAUGAAGAUGGAGAUGUACAAGCGAAGGCUUCUAGGGAAGACACAACUAAGCAGGCAAGCGAAUGCGAAUUUUCCGAGUUGGAUACGUCCCCUAAGAGGGCAGCAAAAAGAACGAAGAGUUCUACAAAACCCAUUACCCUUAAAAAGGCUAAGAAAACGCAUGAGGUGGCGGUAGAGGAAGAAAAUGCUGAAAAUGGAGAAGGCAAAGUUUCAGCAGAGGAAACCCCGGUUGUCGAUGAAGACCCUGGAAAUGAAAGUGAAAUGUCUGUGGUAUUGGACCCGGCACCGCUAAAGAAAUCGAGAUCUCAAAAUCCAGGCGCAGGUAGCAGUAAAAAACAAGGGAAAACCAAAGUAACUAAGUCACGCCCUAAGGAAAGAUCGAAGAAGGGAUCGUCUAAGGCAGAUAGUAAUCUCAGUCCUGACGAGGAGAAGAUAAAAACGCUCCAACAGUGGUUGCUCAAGUGUGGUAUCCGCAAAUUCUGGUCAAAAGAAUUGGCGAAGUUUGAAACCCCUAAAGAGAAAAUCAAACAUCUCACGGGCCUACUCACAGAUGUAGGCAUGACACCCAGAUACUCCAAUGAAAAGGCCAAAAAAAUCAAAGAAGAGCGGGAGCUGCAGGCUGAAGUUGAGGCUGUCCAAGAAGGUGCUAGAUGGGCGAAAAUGGACAAUGGUAGAGUAAAUACUAGGUCAACUAGGAGCGCUCCAUCUGUAUCAACCGUAGAGAAGAAGCAAAUCCGUGGAAUGGAAGAUCUCGCUUUCCUCGAUGACCAAAGCGACUCUGAUUGAUGCUAUUAACUAAUACAUUGUUCUUUUAUUAUACCCUCUUUCUUUUCUCAUGCUGGCAGCCUGCCACCAUUAAUGAUCAAUGCCUGUUUGGUGUUUAUCCUGUUUUAUUUUUAUAAUCUGCUCAGGUUUUUGUAUGAUGGUAUGCCUGAUAUUUUUGUUGGAUUAGGGGCUAUGGACCUUCAGACCAAUUUAGUUCUGCGGGGUAAGGAUUUUGUGUGAUUUAUAGCGUAUUUUUCUCUACAGUACAGAGUAGUUUUCCCUUUA